AUGAGGGAUGUCACCGUGAGUUCUGCUAAGCGCAUCAAGCCUGAACGGGCAGCAGCCGUGGUGAAGGCCCUUUCGAUACAACCACCACAAUCCCCGCGACUCGUCCCCGCCGCCGUCAUCGUCGUCCCCGUUCUGCUCGUCAUUCUCGUCGUCGUCUAA